CCAAGUGCGAAAACGCGCAUGCGUUGAUCGCAGCGGAGAAGCAUGAUUGGCAUCCUGUUGUGUUAUGUUCUCUACCCUUUCUCACGGUACCUGAGCCGCAGCCGAGCUUCAGAGGCCUCAAAAAAGGGUCUCCCUCCUGCAAUAGUUAAUGGCACAGCAGUGCGGGAUGGUGUUGGUGCUCCAGCCAGUAGGUUCACCCAUUUCCAGUCAGCCUUGGUGGACCAGUUUGUCAGCUCAGCCAGCGGAUCGAAAGGAGAAACGAAAGAAAGGGUAAAAGAACUGAGCCGGGAUAAGCAAGACCAAAAUAUAAGGCCUGACAUGGACAGAGAUCUGCCGAUGGGUGUCUUUCGUGAAGGCGCCAAGAUUGAUGCGACUUCGGAUAUGGGUGAGGUGCGAUCUGCGGGGAAGGAGGAAGAGGAAGGAGCAGAAAAGAGAGAUGGGCCACGGCAGGAGAAGGUGGAAGGUCCCGAUAAGGAGGAUGAGGAAAUAACUAUGCUCUUUAAGAUGAAGACGUUGCAAACAGAGGGUCGCCAAGAAAGCACCUGUCCAGUACAGGAGCCGAUGCCAACCUUGGAGGAGUCGCUGUCAACUGAGGACAAAAUACAAGAAAUCGCCUGUGCAGUAGAGAAACAAAUCCAAAUACCAAACAUGGAGAUGUCACCCACUACACCUGAAGUAACUGAGUGCUGGGAUGAAUAUCCAAUAGCCACUGCAGAUGAAACUCCUGAUGGAGCAAGCACAUGGCCUGGUCUGGCUCAAGAGGUGCACUGUCCUCCAUGUAACUUUCCUUUCAUGAGCUAUUAUCCUCCAGUGGAGCCCACAGUUCCCUUUGAAGUGGUAUGGAGAGCAUGGGAUGAGUUGGAUGACGGGGAUGAUGCGACACAGCCAGCCCCGAUACCUCCCCCGAUACCUAGCCCACAUAAAAAGGUCUCAGUGGAUUUCACUGUCAUGUCCUACAACAUUCUUGCUCAGGACCUGCUGGAGGCCCACCAGGAACUGUACGCACACUGCCCCCUGGAGGUGCUGGACUGGAGCUACCGCCUCAACCUUCUUCUAUGCGAAAUACAAACAUGGUCACCACACAUUCUGUGUCUCCAAGAGGUUCAGGAGAACCACUACCACGAACAACUGCAUCCUGUCUUGUCUCAGAUGGGCUACAACUGUGUGUACAAGCGGCGUACGGGGACCAAGGCAGAUGGCUGUGCGACUUGCUAUCGUAGCAGCUGCUUCACUGAACUGGCUGUGACCGAGGUGGAGUUCUUCAGGCCCGAGACGGAGCUUUUAAACCGGCACAACGUAGGCAUCGUUGUGUUGCUGAGGCCAGUGGUUACCCAGGGGUCUGAGGUCAAGGAGAAGGCCCCGCCCCUCUGUUUGGCCAACACCCACCUGCUCUUCAACCCCAAGAGGGGUGACGUGAAGCUGGCUCAGUUGGCAAUAAUGCUGGCAGAAAUUGACCGCGCUGUCAAGUCCUGUAGGGCCAAAGGUGAACACUGUAAUGUUAUCCUGUGCGGAGAUUUUAACUCUGUCCCAGGUAUGCCUCUGUACCAGCUCAUCACCACCGGCAAGCUUACCUACGAGGGUCUCCCAGCAUGGAUGAUAUCAGGUCAAGAGGACCUGUCCUACAAGCCCCACUAUCACACGCUGUCUCAGCCCCUAUGGCCGAGCUCUGUGGGAAUCACUGCCAACUGCCAGUACACCAAUGCCAAUGAGGUGUUUGAGAGCCUGAAUCAGAAGUCAGCGAAGUAUCGGUACAGACAUGACUUCAUGCUCCAGCUGCGCUAUUGUCCGGCUUCAUGUGUCCGUCCUGACCUGCCGCUGAUUCCAGGCGCGACUGACAAGAAACCAGUUCCUUUAAAAAACAAUCUGUCUUAUGAGAAAAGUUUCACAAAAACUAUCAGUCACCGGUUACACCUGGAGUCGGUCUAUAAGCACAUUCUCCCAGGCUCUGGCAGCCCAGAAGUCACCACCCUGCACUCUGAAGUGGGCCAUACAGUUGACUACAUCUUCUACUCCCCAAAACGCAACGCUGGUCCCAAAGCUGUUGGUGAGCCUGCGAGUCGAGGCCUGAAUCUGAUUGGUUCCCUUUCUCUCCUGUCUGAGGAUGUCUUGUGGUCAAUGAAAGGCCUUCCCAACCACCUGUUCCCCUCUGACCAUCUCAGCCUGUUGGCCAAAUUCCGGCUGGACUUGGACACUGCUUGAUAAGGAAGACUGUGGUUGAACUCAAGUGACACGGACGUCGGAGUUUACGUACAUUUCAGUUAGGAUCAUUCAGAUCACGACGCUCUGCACAUGAUUUUUGUUAUUAUGAAUAUCCUUACUUGCAGUUCACUCCUUUGUAAUGGUUUAUAGUUUCAUAAGUAAAUUGAAGUCAAUGUUUUUGUUCAAAAAGCAAGGGAAAUGAUGGAUGCCAAUAUUCAGUCGUCUUCCACAUGGUUUUCGUCAGAUCAGUGACUCUGACUGUUCUUGUUUAAGGAUACUGUAAUCAUACACUUAAAAAAUGAAGGAAGACACUGCUUUAAAUCCUGUUGUUGCGGUAACACACCGAUAUGUUUCUUUUUCUGACGCCAAACGCUUUGUUACGCUAUAUUUUAAUUUUGAAAUGAGACGUAUUUUUUCAGAUGGUGAAAAUAUUAAAUAUUUUCCAUUCA